AUGAAGACGACCUUCUUUGCACAGAAACGGCUGGCAGUCGCCCAGGCAGCUGCUGGCACGACGAACAUCACUUCAGAGUUGGACAUCAACUGCGCACGAACGCCAAAGCAGCUUCUGUGCAAGGUUGGUGCAGCAGAUGCCGCCUACUGGGAUGCGAUCUUGGAAGGCCUGGCCAGUGUUCUUGCUGUCCCCUCAGCCCUCACACUGGGCAUUCUUAGCGAUUUGCAUGGGAGACGGCCGUUCCUUCAGUUGAAGGCGGCUCUCAACGUAGUAAGUGCGCUGCUGCUGCUUUCCUCAACGCACGCAGGUGCAAGCUUGUGGCCAUUUCUCUGGGCAAGCUCGCUGGAUCAAAGUAUUGAUGCUGUUGGUGUCAUGCUGGCAGUGCUUGCGGAUCUCACCCAGGAUUACAAGAUCGAGCGCUCGGCAACGCUUGGCCUCCUCGGCGCCUUCGUCACAGGAGUCGCAUGCUUUUGCAUGGCGGCGGCUGCAAGCAUGCCGAGCAGCGUAGCCGCCCAGACAGUUCUUCUAACGGCGACGUUGAAACUCGGCUUCUUGCUCUUCCUCCUGCCUGAGACCUCUGAGACCGAGACUGAGGAGCUGGAGAGCCAGGGAGGUAGGGCGGCGGUGUGGGGCCGCAUCCCAGAGAUGCUCCAGGAGGGCGUGAACAUCUUACGCCGCCACCAGGUCCUGCAGCGCUUGGCGCUUGUGCUUUGUCUUGCAGGCGCCGGGUUCACAGCCCGAAACCUGUUCCUCAGGUUUUACCUUGCCAGCAAACUGGGAGCAGACAAGGCCGACUUUGCGAUUCUGCUUCCAGCUUCCCUCCCGGGCAAGAUGGUCACCUUCGCGUUGAUUUUGCCGAUGCUUGUACAUACUUGCGGAGAACUCGCUGCCCUGAAGGUGGCCCUUCCCAUCUCGGGUGUUCUCACUCUGUGCAUCCUCGCCUCCGACGCCUUCUGGCAGGUCGUAGUCUGCUGUGCAGUCCUGGGUGGACCUGCGUUGAUGUUCGCACCCCUCAUGUUAGCCAUGAAAGCGAAUCUCGUCGGCGAUGACGAGCAGGGCAAGGUGCAAGGCAUCGUGGCAGCAUUGAGGGCCCUGGCAAAUGCUGCUGUCGGCUUUCUGCUGGGGAACGGCUUCCAUGCAGGCAGCCAGCCGAUGGGAGGCGUCCAGGCUGGCCUUUUGCUGGUCGUGCUGCUGGAAUUUGUAGCCUCCCUCGUGGCGCUGACUUUGCCCAACAGUUACAUCAUUGGUGAAUUUGCAAUCGCAUCUUCUGUGGUCGCAGGGGAAGAGAUCAGCGACACGGAGCUUGUGUGCGCAGUCGACUCACAAGAUGAUCCUGCAGAUACAG